GCUCCCAGCCACCCUCUCCCGCCUCACGCUGGAGCCGAGCGUCAUUUCAGCCUCGGCGGCGCUGCAGACAUGGCGACGACGCUGACAGCCGUCCAGCCGCUCACUUUGGACCGAGAUGUUGCCAGAGCAAUUGAACUGCUGGAGAAACUACAAGAAGCUGGAGAAGUACCAGGACACAAGCUGCAGUCACUUAAAAAAGUACUGCAGAGUGAGUUUUGUACAGCUAUCAGAGAGGUAUAUCAAUAUAUGCAUGAAACCAUAAACGUUAAUGGCUGCCCCGAAUUCCGCGCGAGGGCAACAGCAAAGGCAACAGUUGCUGCCUUUGCAGCUAGUGAAGGCCAUUCUCACCCUCGAGUGGUAGAACUGCCAAAGACUGAUGAAGGCCUUGGUUUUAAUGUAAUGGGAGGAAAAGAACAAAAUUCUCCUAUUUAUAUUUCUCGCAUAAUUCCCGGAGGAGUAGCUGAGAGACAUGGAGGACUCAAACGGGGAGACCAGUUACUUUCUGUUAAUGGAGUGAGCGUGGAAGGAGAGCACCACGAGAAAGCCGUGGAGCUCCUGAAGGCCGCUAAGGACAGCGUCAAGCUAGUGGUGCGCUACACUCCCAAAGUGUUGGAUGAGAUGGAGGCUCGCUUUGAGAAGCUAAGGACAGCACGGCGCAGGCAACAGCAGCAGUUGCUAAUUCAGCAGCAGCAGCAGAAUGCACAACAAAACCAUAUGUCGUAGAUUGUCCUCGAAGAAGAAAUUCUAAACCAAGAAUCCAACAAUUUAGCAGCAAAGCUGUAUUUUGAAUUCCAACAUACAGUAAAAGAGCAGCAGCAAUGACAAUACAACAGCUGCAUUCACCAGCAAACUGAAAGGCUGCCAUAAGAAUUGCCUGGCAGGUCAAUAACGUACUGAAAUCCUUCUAAAAAAGGUUUUUCCGUGUACUGAAGUCCUAGGACGAAAGGUUUCUUUGACUCUACUCCUGUUCCGUGUGGUAAGGCUUUUUAAAAAAGAAAAAGAACACUCUGUAAAAUUGAGAGUUUUAAUAGUGAAUGAAUGAACGAAUAAAUGAAUGAAUGGAUGAAUGUGUGUAUGGUCCAAUCCUGCUCGCUUUACAAUGAUACUUCAGUGGGAAUUUAUCAGAUGGAUGCAAGAUGGGGCCAUUGCUGAGAGUGACAGCUGUCCAGUAUUUCUGGCCCCGAUCUAGCCCAAGCCAUGCUUUCAAAAGGAUCAGACCUACUUGAUUCAGAAUGUAGAUGGGAAAGUGCUCUAGACUACACACUGAAAGCAAUGUGCUGACAUUUGGGUGCUGACAAUUGAAUGCCAUCCCUUUUGUGUCCACGGUUCCUAAACCAGUAAUACAUGUGAGGAAGACCACCUUUUAAAUGUACAAAUCUCCCUAUUUGGAUUGAGGCCUGUGGCCCCAAGACGUUACAUAUUCAGGGAGAAAUGGCAUCAGUUAUAAAAUGUUGCCACUUACAAAAGCCCUUCUUGCAUCUUGCGAAAUAUCUUCAUUUCACAAUCUUGUACAGGUGCUUUGAUCUGAAAUCCAGUUUGUAAUCUAGUUCUCUACAUUUUUUCCUUCCUGGGAGUCAUUACAAUAUUUAUACUGUGGCUGCAGUGUUGAGUUGAUUAAUCAAAGGAUCUAAAUCAAAAUAUUGCUACUUGAUGAAAGAGAUGCUCCUGAUUAAUUUUUGUUUUCUUUUUGAUGGUUAAUUAUUAUUUUUAAUGCAAGUGGUUAUAAAUCUAUGGGUGGCACUUUUCUCCUCCUCCUCCCCCUUGUAGGAAGUAAUGGUUCUUCUGAGAUCAUGCUUGCUCCACCACAUGCUUGCAUCAUCUAAAAACAAUGGAGGAAUUUUUCUUCUUCAAUACUAUAGUUUUGAACUCAUUUGGAACUAUGUAGCCUUAACAGUACAAUUCUGUACGUGUCUACUAAGAGUAAGCCCCACUGAGUUCCGUGCAGCUUACUCCUAGAUAAGUGGAUUCCACCACAUACCUUGGAAUAAGCCCCGUUGAAUUCAGUGGGGCUUCUUUCUGAGUAGACAUGUGUACUGUUGCACUUCAUAGCCUAUACAGAAUAAAUAAUAAUAAUAAACAAUUUGGGCAGAUUUUUAUCAGUGGAUUAAUCAACUAAACUUACUUUUAAUCAAACAACAGCCCUAAUUUAUACAGAAUUUUAUUUGUAAAAGCAUUUUUAUUCUUGGUGUAUUCAUAAAUUCUGUUCAGCAGGUUUAAUUCUGUCUUCUGUAAGUAGUAAGACUAGAGGACCCUUGAACUGUAUUUUUAAAUAUAGAUAUUGCUAGUAUUAUAGCUAUAAUUAUUCAGAAAUCUAUAAUGUUUACAGUAUAUUUAUAAGAUAUAUAUGAUAUGAUAUAAUAAAUAAAUCUAUAUCUAUAGAUAUAUAUCCCCAACAUAUAUAUAUAUAUUGUCAGAAUGUACGUGUUCCAGAGGUAGGAUCUGUACUUAUUAUAUAUUACAAAUGUUUUAAG